GUUGUCGUGCGUUCAUGCCAAGCGGUCGUCGCUUGUCGCAGCAGCUCCCCAAAAAUCCAAAAUCCAAAAUCAAAAAACAAAAAAUCACAACCAAUAUUAAUACGAGCACACUCGGGCUUCUUCUUCCUCGCGCGUGCGCAACGAAAGUAAAAGUGCCAAACAACUGCGAAAUUCUAACGGUUAUUACACAACCUCAAUCCGAGAAGAGUUUUUUUUUGUGUUAAUUAAAUCCAUAUAUAUAUUUUUUUCGUGAUGAUUUAAGCAACAAGAAAAAUACAUAAGCACAAAACAAAAAAAAAAUAAUCGACAUAAAAAAUAAUAAAUAAAAUACAAGGAAAUACGACCCGACACACUUUGGAUUUUUUCACUCGUAUGCAUAUUUUUGGAAUUUUAAUAUAGUUCGUAAAUUUCACGGAUUUUAUAUUAUCGCGGUUGGCUCUGAAUACACAUAAAUAUAUAUAAAUCGUUUUUUUUUUUUUCGGUGCUUUUGUGGUUUUUUCGAAGUUUUGAGUGAAAGUGAAGCAGGCCAAGCGACACUCUACGAAAACGAACGUGCCCAGCCAAUUUGUGGGAUCUUUGCGUUAUUAUUAUCAUAUAUAAAUUUUUUUUCUUGUUGUUGUUGUGUGUGUGUGCGUCUGCUAAAGAGGCGAAGAGAGGCGGAAUCAUGCACUUACAUCAAGUGCUGAUGCUGCUGCUGUGGCUGCUGGUCUCAGUCUCGGUCUCAACAAUUGCCGAGGCGGCCAUCGACAAGGACAACAAGUCCUCCUCAGCCGCCGUUAUCGGUGACGUCAAUCAGCAUAAUGUCAUCAAUUUACGACUGCAAACGGAAAACAAUAACAACAACAGCAACGUCGACGUCAAUUUCGAUCUGUCGCGAACGCAGCGACUGCGCGAUUCACUCAACGUAUUCGAUCUCUCGCUGCUAGCAGCGCAGUGGCAGCGAGUCAAGGCCGCACGAACGCUGAGCGCCAACUGCACGAAGGACAUGCGAAGCUAUCUUCGUGGCCUGACCGAUGCCACAAUGUGGGCAGUCAAAAUGGACGAUGCUUCCGGUCAUUACACAUCCGGUUUCUUCUAUGGCAACAACUACUGGAUGGGUUCAUUGGCCCUUUGUGAGGCCAUCUAUGAAGGCGCCACCAAUGGCAUUAACAACAACAACAACAACAACAGCAACAGUGCCAACAACAAGACAAGCAAUAAGGACGACAACAAGGAUAGUGGAUUGCCAUUUGCCGCGGCAUUCUCAAAAGCUUACAGCAGCGUUUCCAAUGCUCCACCUCCAUUCCAGCCGGGAUUCUAUGUGCUCAAGUUGCAGCUGAACGAGACGCUGCCAACAGAGGUGCUGCGUACUAUUUACACAGGCAUGUGUCUGCCAUCGAGCUGCAGCAUCGCGGACGUCGAUCAGAUGAGUUCGUUUGCCCGCUUGGAGCUGCCCAGCCGGGAGCUGCGUGUGCUGGACAUUCGAGUGCCGACAGACAAGGAAUUUAACAUAUGGUCAGACAAGACAUUCUGCCUGCUGAUUUUGGUCUCUUGCAUUGUGAUCGUAUUGAUCUGCUGUGGUACGCUCUACGAGAUCUAUUUGACACGUCAGCUACAGGAAGCGUUGCGUCUGCAGGAUAAGGAGAUGAUGAACAACAGCGAAACAAGCUCGGGCAUUGGAUGCGCCUCCUCUGAUUAUAGCGAUACGAUGACCGCUCAUGAUGAAGCCCUCAAGCAAUCGAAUCAUCAAUCGGAUUCGUUGAAGCAACUCGAUCAGCUGGUCCUCAAUUUGCCGCCCACUUUAACGGGUGGCGACAACGACAGCGGCAACGGACAUCAUCAUGAUGAGGAGCGUAUGCACGAUCAUUUGAAUCAUCUGCAACAUCAUCGCGGUGGCAGCAACGCAAGUGGCAGCAGCAGCAACGGCAGCGGUCGCCGUGUUGCCGUCAGCAAUAACAAUAACAACAACAGCAACUCCGAUGAACAUCUCGAGGGACACUUGCAUGAGCCAGAGAAACUAAGCAUCUACUCUGAAUUGUUGCUCUCCUUUUCGGCGAUCACGAAUUUCAACGCGAUCUGUGAUCGCAAUGUCGGUGCCGAUACCAUUCCCUGCAUCCAUGGACUGCGCGCCUUCAGUAUGGCUUGGGUCAUCCUGGGACACACUUGCAUUGUGGUCUUCAAGUACUCCGAUAACAUGGAGAUGCGCAAGGAGGUCGAACAGAAUUUCUUCUUCCAGGCGAUCACAAAUGGUCCAUUCAGCGUCGACACGUUCUUCUUCAUCAGUGGCUUCCUGAUCUCCUACUUGUAUUUCCGCACCAAUGCCAAAGGCAAGCUGAAUAAGCUGAGCAAGGGAGCCAAUGAAUUCACCGCUGGCACAGCACACUUCUUUGGCCUCGUCGCGUAUCGUUUUAUGCGUCUCACAGCUCCCUAUUUGUUUGUCCUCGGUGUCGUCCAAGUGACCAUGAAGUAUCUGGCUGCCUAUUCCAUCUUUGAUCCACCCACCAUGGAUCAUGUCACCUGCCCGGAUUACUGGUGGCGCAACAUACUCUACAUCAACACGCUUUUCCCAGUUGAUGAGAUGUGCAUGUUGUGGAGCUGGUACCUGGCCAACGAUACACAAUUCUACAUGAUUGGCGCCAUCAUUUUGAUUGUGGGCGUGCGUCACUUCAAGCUCUCUGCCAUUACGACUCUGGUCUUCCUGGUGCUCUCCUGGAUAACGACGGCCGUUGUGGCCUUUACGAACAAUCAUCGCCCAAACACCGACGAUCCCCUGGCGCUCUUUGACAAGAUCUACGACAAACCCUGGACCCGCCUUGGCCCCUAUCUCAUUGGCAUGGCCGUCGGCUGGAUAUUAUUCCGCAGCAAUUGCAAGAUUCGUCUGCCCAAGUUGACGGUGGCCAGCGCCUGGUUUCUGGCCAUGUUGAAUCUCUUUGUGCUGGUCUUUGGCCUGUACCAAACGGAUCUCUCGCAAUUCACGGCGGCUGCCUACAGCUCAUUGAGUCACUCGGCCUGGGCCUUGUCCCUCGCCUGGAUUACGAUUGCCUGCUCCACCGGCUAUGGCGGCUAUAUCAAUUCCCUGCUCUCCGCUCCCUGCCUCUAUCCCUUCUCGCGUGUCACCUACUGCGCCUACCUUGUGCAUCCCAUUGUCAUACGCUCCAUGGCGCUCAAUUCGGAUGCGCCGCUCCACUUGGGAGGAGAUCUAAUGGUCGUCAUGUUCUUUGGUCUGACGGUCGCUUCCUAUUUCCUGGCCUUUGUUGUCUCGAUGUCGUUUGAGGCGCCCGUUGUCACAAUGCUGAAAAUCUUGUCACCUAGUCGAAAAAAGCGUCUCGCCUAAACUGGCGACUCCCCUCCCCACACUCACCCCCCACACACACUUGUCUAUUUAUGCGUUAACUAUAAAGAGCAUUCAUAAUAUCAACAUCAACAUCAAUCACACUCAUACUACAAAACACCUUUCUUCAAGUCUUCGGACUAUAUAAAUAUCAUAUAUACAUUUUUUUUUCGUUUCACGUUUUCGCACCAAGCAAACAAUGUCCACAUAUUUAUACAUACAUGUACAUCGAAACUCCCUUUCUCUCGCCCUUUCUCCCUUUAUUUCUCGCCCUUUUCUCACUUUAUUGUCACACAUUCCUCACACAGCUUCGUUAUUCGUUGUUUCAUCAACCGUUUUUUUUUUUUAUGCAAAAAAGCCCUUUUUUGUGUUUCGUAAUGUGUACAUUUUAGUCGUUUAAUUUAUUCCAAAGGUUUGGAAAUUUUGUGCGUGACGAAAAAGUAAUAGUACUUAAUAGUUUUAAUUAUAUAUAUAUACUGUAUACUUAAUAAAAAGAAACAAAAACAUGCAACUCUAGUACCUAAUUUUAUAAAACAAAUUCAUGUUGUAUAUAUGUAUACUAUAUAUGUAAUGUGUAU